AUGGUUGGAGCAACCUCCGAGGAUUGCUCGGGACGCCGCGCCUCCGCUGGACCAUUCCCCGAAAUAACCGCCGGGAAAAGCGCGACGGACGGCCGGAAGGGUCCCCGUGCGUUCGCUGAUCUCAUCGACGGCGUACACGGGCUCCACGUUUUGCGGAUCAACAGCCGAUUGGCUGCUCAUCCUUCCGUCGCCACCACCGCCGCUACGGCUUCCCCGCCGGACCAUUCCCGUCCGGCGCCCGAGCCUCCCGCUGCCUCGUCCCUUCCCGUGCCCAGACCUGCCACGUCAGCGGCUUCUCGGGCUUCGUGGAGCUCGAAGGAGAAUUCGUCCGCAAGGCACGCGUUUGGGCAGCAUUAUUUGUCGCUAGUGGAGAGUGACAAGGCUCGGCACAGGUCACGCAUGUUGAUGGUUCAGAGGCAGGAGGGCGGAAUGGAGGGAGACGGAGGUGAAUCAAGAGAAGGAGAAGGAGGAGAAGUCGGAGGUGCUGGUAACCAUCAUGGGAGGAAACUGGGCAUAACGGCUACAGCAGGGCUGCUUGGCGCCACGUACCCUAAUGGCAUAUACUACGUGCAGCUGGGCAUCGGCACGCCGCCACAGACGUUCAAUCUCGACAUUGACACGGGCAGCAACCUGCUCUGGCUCAACUGCUUGCCCUGCAACCCCUGCACGCUCUCCAAGACUCUGCAAACUAAUCCGCCCUUCGACUCGGCCAAAUCCUCUUCAGUCAAGCUCCUUCAAUGCUCCAACAAGGCGUGCAUCAACCCCGACCGAACCGUCAAGAUCCGCAACUGCAACGUCACCAAGCCUCUGGUCAAAGGCUCGGCAGCAGGCUCGGCAGGAGGCUCGGAGGAGGAUUUGGGGUGUAUGUACUCGGUGGCGUAUGGGGAUGGGAGUGGGACGUCAGGGCGCCUGCUUGCUGACGUCAUCCAUCUGCCCAUUUCCGGGUCUGCCCGAGCCUUCAAAGUUCCCAUCACCUUUGGCUGUGGCAACUCGCAGCAGGGCAACUUUUACAAUGGCCUGGGUUGGACCUACUACCAGGCUCUGGACGGGCUCAUAGGGCUGGGCAGGGGGUCGCUCUCUCUGCUCACAGCCGUCGGAGCCUACAAGGAGUUCUUCCCCAUUCGGCAGGUGGUGGCGCACUGUCUGGGGGGGGACAGCGGGGGCGGGUGGAUGACAGUAGGGGACAUCCCCAUUCCCCCUCUCACAGCCUUCACUCCCCUGCGACCAGAUGACACCUUCUACAAAGUGACACUGAGGAAGGUGUUCGUGGGGGGAAUCGAGGUGGCGGUGAAUCCAGCGCAGUACGGCAAUCUGACCCACGGCAAUGCCAUCUUUGACAGCGGCACCACCUACUCCAUCAUGCCGCCUCUCUUUGUCCCUCCUCUCUUCCACCUCAUCCAGACAGCCGUGGGACUGCCUCGCUACGCCUUUUCCAUUGGCAAGGAGGGCUCGCUCUGCUUUUCCUCCACAGACGAGCUGACAGCAGAGGACGUGAGGAACCGCUUCCCCCAUAUCAACCUGCAAUUCGAAGGGAGAGGCGUGUUCAUGAACCUGCCGCCCCACACGUACACAUUCAAGGCUAUGGACGAGGGGGUGGAGAUCGUGUGCACGCAGGUGGUGUUGGGGUCAGACACCAUGAAGGCUCCCAAUGGACUGGCCUUCAUCAUUGGAGCUCUGUGGAUGAGGGAUUUCCUUGUGAUUCACGAUCAGGAGGAGAACCGGGUUGGAUGGGCGGCAAUGAAAUGUAGCCAGGUCCGGCAGUUAGGCGAGGCCUACGCGGUCGAGCCGCUAGCGGCGUUCGUGCUGGUGGAUCCGCGCGGGUUCCAGCUUUCGUGGAAGGUGGUGGGGAUUGCGACGGAUGACCCGUCGGGGUUUCAGGAUCUGAGCGACGAGAAUGUGGCGGGGAUCGUGCAGACGCUGCUGGACUGCAUUCGCGAUUGGCUGAGGGCCGGACGGCACUGCGGAGGUGAAAAGACCAAAGUGUUGACGCUAAGCCAGGGCAAAGCAGGGCAGGAUAAGGUGAUGGAAAUCGUCGCUCAGGCGCAUGCAGCGUGGCAGCUGCUGCGUAGCGGGGAAGCUGAUAACGAGGAUAUGGGCGACCUGCUGCUCUCCCCGAACCUGCUGCACCGGAAGCCCCAGCCUGGGCCGGCGGUUCGGAUCUUCGCCGAGUCGUACGCGACAGAUUCGGCGAAUAAAGACAAGGCUGUGAUCGAUGAGCAGGAUAUUAAGACGCUUGUUGCGCCGGUGUUUGGGAGUAGUUUCAUGGUGGAUUCAUGGGAUAGCCCGGAUGAAUUUGAAGGGGAGAACGCGGAUAAAAAGCGGCCGGCACAGGCGUUCGGGAGCGAUGCGCUGGGCGGAUUAGACCUGUCCGGUUUGCAGCAGCAGCAGCAGGUGGAAACCGGAGGUAAUGCAGUAGCAGGGGCACCAGCGGCGGCUGCGGCAGGGAGGGGGAAAAGUGAGGCUGGGUUUGGCGAUUGGGGAAGUGGUGAGGGGUGGAGUGGAGAAGCGGGGAACGGGGAGGAUGAGGUUGAGGAGGGGGUGGCGCUGUCUCAGGGGGGGCUGAGGUCCAGGAGUUUCAACUCAGCGUAUCCGCCCUCCUUUAAUUCCGCGUAUGCGCCCUCCUUUUCCGCCCAGGACCAGCUAAACAUGCGCCUGGACGGGCAGGGGGGAGGGGGGUCGGCGCAAGGAAGGGCGCAGGGGGUGGCGCAGGGGGAGCCGCAGGGGGGGGCGCAGGGGGGCGCAAGCAUGGCGUUUGGCCGGACCCGUAGUGCAGGGUCCGCGGAAGGGAGGGGGGGAGGAGAGGUGGUUAUAGGAGGGGCGGGCGGGGCGGGCAGGGCGGAAGGGAAUUCAGCAGGCCAGUCGCCGUCCGCGUUAUCAUCCUCCCAGUCCCGCUAUAGGGCGUGGCGGAACCUUCUAGUGGACGUGCACCUGGGGGGGAGAUCCGCCAAGGGGGGCGGAAACGAGGGGCGGGGGUUCCUGGCGGAAGGGGCAGGGGCGGGCGCAGGCAUAGGGGCAGGCGCAGGGGCAGCAGGUGCAGCAGGGGGAGCCUUUGGUCCCCCGUCCUCCUCCUCCUCCGCCUCUACCCCCUCCCCCCUCCCCUUCCCCCCGCUGCCCCCUUCCGCCCCCCUCUCCGCGUCCUAUAACGGGCGCCCCACCCCCCCCGCCUGUGGGGAAUCCCUAGAGGAGGUUCCGCGGAGCAGGUCUACCCCCCCAGGCGCCCCCCUUUCCGCCUCUGGGGGGGCGGGCGGGGCGGGCGGGGCGGGCGGGGCGGGCGGGGCGGGCGGGGGGAGCGGGGGGAGCGGAUGGGCGGUCAGACGGAGCUUGCGCCACAGCAGGAGUCACGGGGGGGGAGUGGGGGGAGGCGCGCAGAGGGAGGGGGGCAGGGGCGGGGGCGUCGGAGCGGGAGAGGGGGAGGGAGUUGGGAGGGCAGGGGGGAGAGCAGGGGGGAGCGUGCAUGGGGCGUUUGGGGAAGGCCUCAGGGGGAAUGGGGGAGGGUGGGGCGGAAGUGGGGGGUGGGGGGGAAGUGGGGGAUGGGGUGUGAGCAUUGGUUCUGCCCCUUAUGGGAGCAUAGGCGGAGAUAUUGGCAGCAACAGCGGGAGGAGCAGCAGCAGCAGCCUAAGCAGCAGAGACGGGGGGAGAGAGGGGCGCGAGGGGCGGGAGGGGAGGGAAGGGCGUGAGGGGAGGGAAGGGCGCGAGGGGAGGGACGGGAGGGAGGGGAGGGAUGGGCGGGAGAGUAGGAGAUCACUUAGGGCCACCACGCCCCCCUAUGCCAACCGCUCCCCCCGAUCCAGCCCCCUCUCCCGCUCCUCCCGCGCGCACUCCCACCUUCCCCCCAUUCCCCCGCCCUCUCCCGGAUUUUCCCCCGGGCUCACUUCAGGAAGUUCCCCCGGGCUUCCCCCUGUCAUUCCGCCCACGCACAGCGGGAGCAGCGGGGGGAAGACCCCCCUGAUGAGCCCCCGCGCGCUUCUCUGCGCCAGCAGCCCCCCUGGGUUCAGCCCUGGUGACGAGCUAAGCGCCGGUGGAAAGCUAAGCGCCGGUGGGAGCAGUGGUACGCGUGGUGGGAGCGGUGGGAGCAGCGGGAGCAGUGGGAGAAGCAGCAGAGCGGGAUCCGUGAGGGGAAGCAGCAGUGGCGGAGGGGGGCUGUUCGGGGGACUGAUAAGCGGGGGGAGGAGGCUAGGGGGGAGUGUGAGGGAGAGGAGUCGGCAUGCGAGGCGGCACUCUGUGGGUGCUGUUGCUGCUAUGCACCUCCUCUCCCCCAUCAGAAGGGGUCUCUUCUCCAUUCCUAAGCAGUCUGAGGCAGCAGCUGGGGAUACAGCAGGGGAGGCAGCAGGGGAGGGAGCAGGGGAGACAGGCGGAGCAGGAGGAGGAGGAGGGGAAGGCGGAACGGCAGUGGUGGCGGAGGGGUGCAAGGGAGGGGCAGCAGGAGCAGCAGCUGCAGGAGCAGGAGUCGAACUGACCUCGUCUGCCGCCCAUUCCCCUGCCGCCCGGUCCCCUGCCGCCCAUUCCUCUGCCGCCCACUCUCCUGCUGCUCGUCCUGUGCCUGUGCGCUCUUUAUCCGCACAGUCAAUGUCGGUUGCUCGCUCCUUGUGCGCUCACUCCUCCACUGGCCCCUCCCCUGCUUCCAGCACUGGCUCUGCUGCAUGCGGAGACGGUUUCGGGGUAGAACAGCCAGGUGGAGAGCGGUUGGAAGGGGUGCAGAUGAUUGAUCACCCGUCAGAUAAGCAGCAAGAGUCUGAGAACGUGUUUCAGCAGUUUCACCUGCAGUUGCAGCUAGAGCAGGUUCAGCAGCAACAGAUGGAGCAGCAGCAGCAGCAGCAACAGCACCAGGAGCAGCAGCAGCAGCAACAGAAUCCCCAGCAGCCCCAGCAGCAGCAGCAGGCAGAGCCAAAGCCGAGGCGGCACCGACGCCUCAUGUCCCUUCCCAGCACUCCAGACAUGAAAGGCCUUCGUAUCCUCCCCCUUCCCUUCACCAAACACCGCUCCCCCUCCCCUCAUCGCCGUUCCCCCUCCCCUCCGCCUGCCCACCCGCUACCCACCGCGCCUCACCCGCCCGUUUCCCCCUGUGGCGCCGACCCAAACCGCACUGGCUCGGACGCGUCAGGUGCGGAGCCAGGCUCGCACGGAGGUUCGGGUGCUGGAUCAGGCUCGGGAGGCGGGGUGUGGCCGUGGUCCCGGCCGUCAGUGAAGCUUCGGCUCCCAACCAUGCGGUCAGGUCGCAAGGGAAGGGAUGGGCGGGGGGAUGGGGUGGGAGAGGAGGGGGGAGCAAAGGCGGGAGAUGGUGGGGGAGAGGUUGGGGGAGAUGGUGGAAGCGAAUGGGGGAGAGAAGGGAUAGAAGGAUGGGGUGAAGGAGGGGAGAGAAGGGGUUCUCUGGAUGCUUUUCAGGCCACUGCCGGUGCUGUGGCUGCUGCUGCUGCUGCUGCUGCAGGUGCAGCUGCUACUGGUGCUGCUGCUGCUGCAGGUGCAGCUGCUGCUUCUGCUGCUGGAAGUGCUGUCGAAUCUCCCACCCGAGUGCCAUCUGCCGGACUGGCUGGCACACUUCAUGCCCCUCCUCCUCCCCUUGCCCCCUCCCCUUCCCGUCACCCCUCAAAGCCCCCCUCCCCUUCCCUUACCCGCUCCCUGUCCCCGCACCCGCCGCGUCCCCCCUCUCCCCUUCUCCCUCGCACUCCCUCUGCUCCUCUUAGCCUCAACCCCUCCCCCCCUCCUCACCACAGGCCGUCUCCUCCGCCCCACACCCCGUCUCCUCCUCCUCCUCCUCGCACCCCUUCUCCUCCUCCUCCUCACAACUCCUCUCCUCCUCUUCCCCAUAGCGCCUCCCCUCCCCACAGCUCUUCUCCGCCCCUCAACCCCCCCCAUCGCGCCCAGAGCGCCGCCCGAUCCUUCCUGCUGCAGGAGCUCGGGGGUAGGCGCCCCCAAGGCUUCCUCCGAACCUCCAGCGUAGCCUCGGCACUGCCAGGCUCGGCGAGCCCAGGUUCGGGCGAAGCCUCACCUGAAAGGGUCAGGGGAAGAGGCAGUAACAGGGGUGGUGAUGACAGUGGUUCUGGUGGUAACCAGAUCAGUGGUAGCUCCCCUCCUCGCCCCCCGUCGUGUGAGAGAAAUCAACGGUCCAAAUCUCCUUUGAGUCGGCUUGAUAGGAGCAGCAGCAGGGGGAGGGAGAGGGCUGGGAGUACAGAGGGGGGCAGCAAAGGGAGGGAGAGAGGUGGGGUUGCAGAGGGGAGCAGGGAGAGAGAGAGUGACACGAAUCCCAAUACUUCGGAUAAGGAUCAGACAGUAAAGGCAGCACAUGGAAGAGAGCAUAAGCUGCCUGUGGGGAGUUGCAGUGCUGCUGGCGAGGCUGGGAAGGGGGGUGAAGCAGCAGGUGUUGGCACAGCCACAUUGCCAGCACCUGCUGCUGUUACAGUUGGAUUGUCUCCUCUGAAAGGCCGAGAGGGGAGAGACUGGUCGCCACAGAUGGGCAGGGAGGGAAGGGACUGGUCCCCUCCUGCGCCGAGGCCGAGGAAAGAGCUCUCAGGCAGCAGUGUGGCACAGCGACGCGCUUCUCUCUUUGCCCUUCCCGGCGCUGCUGCUGCUGCUGCUGCUGCUGCUGCUUCUAUGGACGACGGCCCGUCUUCUAAAGACCGAAAAGGCUCGUUCAGAAACCGGGGUGGUUCGUUCAAGGACCGAAGUGGGCGUUUGGAGGAGGAUGGGGAAAUGUCUAGAGACCUUAGUGGAUCGAGCAGAGGCCGGAGCAGAUCGUCUCGGGAUCUCAGUGGCUCGCUUGCCGAACCUGCUGGCCCGUUCGGGGAGCGCAGCGGCUCGUUCAAGGACCGGGAGCGGCAGGGGGGUCGGAUGGAGAUGGAAGAAGAACGUAAGGAAGAAGCAGAGGAGGAGGAUGAAGAGGAGGAGGAUGAAGAGGAGGGAGGAGAGGAGGAAGAGGAAGAGGAGGAAGAUGGGGAGGAGGAAGAGGAGGAAGAGGAGGAAGAGGGGGAGGAGGACGACGACGAGGAAGACGAUGAGGAGGAGGAAUAUGAUGAAGAGGAGGGGGAGGAGGAGGAGGAGGAGGAUGAUGAGGAUGAGGAGGAAGAUUAUACUGAGGGGGAAGAGGAGGAAGAGGACGACGAGGAGGGUGACAGCGAUGGUUCAAGAGUGGAGCGAUGGAGGGGCAGAGGUGCGGCUAAGAAGCCAGAGCCCAGGCAGUAUGUGUGGGAUAUAAUCACACCUGAUACAGCCUCCUUCGCUACCGCCCCCUCUUCAUCCACCAACCAAUCACAACCGCAAGGAGGGAAAGGGGGUAAUCAGGGAGGCAGCAGGGAGAGGAGGGAGGGAGCGAGCCGGGAGUGGGGUAGGGGGGAGGAGGUGAGUGCUGGUGCUAGGCCUUGGCCCGGAUCGCAACAGGCUCAAGCUUCAGGAGCCCAUCAGAGCAGCAGCAAGACUGCUGGCAGUAGCAGCAGUCAUGGCUACAAUCGCAGCAGCUACAACCAGGGACAGCAAGGUGGUAGGAGAUGGUAG